AAGAAACUGAAAUUGUUGAAGGUAAAGAAGAAGCUUAUAAAAUCAAGAGAAAGGAGCAAUGUCGUGGUAGACCUAGAUUUAAGAAUUGUUUGGAAAAGGAAAAAACAAAGAAACGCCAAAAGAAAGUGCAGAAAAGUGAACCAAUGCUAUACCCUACUAUUAAAGAUCUCAGAGAUGUGUCAAAUCCAAUCCAUCAUCAUACAUGUCUCACACAGGGAUACAAUGGUGUUUGUUUGGAUCCCGUGACUACGUACUUUCAAUCAGGGUUAUCUCAUUCCGUCGUUCAACCACAUCAAGCCGUCCAAGGCCAUCUCCAACCCUCGAUUCACUUUCCUAAUAAUUUAAGUUUCACUCAAUUACUUAAGAAUACUACAAAUUACGCAGCAUUCCAACAUCCUGUCGCAGGUUGUAGUAGUUCAAUAAUUGGAAAAGAAGGACAACAAUCCUCGUGACUUAUGAAUGUUCUACGACAAAUUUAUUAUCUAAAUGUCAUUGAUUUUCUACUCCUACUAUCACAAAUGUUUGCUUGUAUAGACAGUAGAUUACAAAUUCUAGGCACAUUUGUUCUUCUCGUUAUUUUUUGUAGGUGGCUGUUACUUUUUCCUUA